AUGAGGAGGUGUUUUCGAUUGUCGCGCGACGAGCGAAUUCUGAGCCGUCAAAUUGGUGUGCUCAUUUUCGCGGCCGCCUUUUUUGCGGUGAUCUGCUUGUCGAGCACGGUGUUUGGUGGUGGGAAUGGGAGUGAUGAGAUUCUGGUGUCGAGGAGGGUGAAGAGAGAUUCGAGUAAAUAUGAAUUUGAUGAUUGCAAACCCAGAAUUCAGCCAGGUAAGUUAGCCUAUAUUCUGGGACAAAAUCAUCCAGAAAAGCUGAAAUUCAAGGCUUCAGACAUUUUUUUAGAAGUUCAGGAUAAUUUUUUGAAGAGAUUUUCAGGUCAUCUAGAAGUUUCAGGAAAUUUUAGAGAAGUAGGAGAAGCUUAGAGUUAUGACGUGGCAAAUUUUUAUUUGAAAAAUCAAAAAAUUUGCGAUUUUCAAGAGAUCAAAAAUUAAUUUUGCUGUAAACAAUUUCAUUGAAUUGGAGCUGAGCUCUAAAUUAAUUUUGGUUCUCGUUAAAAUUAAUUCAGAGCUUGAUUUUUGACCUCCGAAUUUUUGGGGACUGGAAUAGAAAUUGAAGAAAAUCAAAAUUUAAAUGCCACGUAUAGUUUGUUCGUACUAAAAACAGGGAGGAGAAUUUCAGAAAAAAAUUUAAGAAUUUAUUUUUGCCACAUUUUUUCCAAACUUUCUCAAAUGACUCAUGAUUCAUAUCAAUUUGAACCUUCAUCUCAUCUCAAAACCCUCUCAAAAAUUCCACUCACUCACUCCAAGAAAGCCAAAAAAAACUACGUGAUAAACAGCGAAAUAUGCCUGCCCCAUUAAUAUUUCAUCAAUCUCGAUUUGUUUCCAGGAAGUUCCACCAACUCAUCGCAAUUUCCCGCCGAUUUUUUGUCGAUGGAAUCGAAGAGGCGCGGCGCUGUGAUGAUACACAUCGGACUGUUGAUCUAUAUGUUUGUGGCGUUGGCGGUGGUGUGUGAUGAGUUUUUUGUGCCCUCGUUGUCGGUGAUUACGGAAGUGGUGGGUGUUUUUUUUUGGUUGGAAAUUGCAAGUGCGCUCUGCUGAACAGCUAGUGUGUUUUUCAAUGUUCAAAAAAAUGUCAUUGAGAUGAAAUUAGCAAAUGCGCUCUAGCGAAAAUUUCAAUUUUUGAAUAAAUAUUCAAAUUUUCAUGUUCUUUAGUAACAGCAUGCCAACUAGACUAUAGUUAUGACGUGGUAAAAUUUAGACAAAUGCGCUCUAUCGAACUCUUUACGCGUUUCCUAGUUUUUCAAUAGAAAACUGAGCAAACGCGCUCUAUCGAACAAUUUCACUUUUCGAAAAAUAUUCAAAUUUUUAAUUUGACAAUCAGAAAAUGUGUUAUGACGUGGUCAGAUCAGAACUACACUAUAGGUAGGGUUUUCCAUAUGUCUAAACUAGACUAUAGUUAAACUAGACUAUAGUACCCACAUUUUCCAGCUCACCAUAUCCGAUGACGUGGCAGGCGCCACAUUCAUGGCCGCCGGCGGUUCAGCACCCGAAUUCUUCACCUCCCUCUUCGGCGUCUUCAUCGCCCAAGACAACGUUGGUGUCGGCACCAUCGUCGGCUCGGCCACCUUCAACAUUCUAUGCGUUCUCGCAUUCUGCACACUAUUCUCCCGCCAAGUUUUGCACCUAACCUGGUGGCCGCUGUUUCGUGACAUGUCCUUUUACACAUUGUCACUCUUCUUGCUUCUCAUAUUUUUUGGUGAUGAACAAAUCGAGUGGUUCGAGGUGAGUUAGGGGAACUUAACGCUUGACUCAAGCAAAAAAAAUAAAAAAAUCUGUGGAGGUAUGGGGAAUCGAACCCCAGACUUCUCGCAUGCAAAGCGAGCGCUCUACCCCUGAGCUAUACCCCCGCGUGUUUUCCCUGUUUGUUUAUUGCAUAGACAUAUUUGAUGGUUUUCGGGAGAUAAAACCGGUUUUAUUGUUGGAAAUUCUAACAAAUGUAAAUUGUGGAAAUGAUUCGUGAAAUUUUUCGCAGGCCUUCACCAUGUUCGCCAUAUACAUAACCUACGGGUUCUUCAUGAAAUACAACGCCGACAUCGAAACAACCGUCAAACUUUUCCUAUUCAACAAUUUCGGAAUGGGCAAGCAACUCAGCCCAAAUCCCAACGCGGAACACGCGCACAACGCCGGACACACUCCGCGAAGUGCAGAAGCCCUGGGCGCAGGCGGACCGCGUCGCAGUUUCCCGAUGCUACACGGCGGGCAAGAGGUGCGCAAGAGUAUCGCACAACUUGUGAUCGGUGAUGUGGAGGAGAGUGCGUCCAGUGAGUCAACUGAAAGGUCGACUGAAGGUUCGGAGAAAGUUGCGAAUGGUAGAACUAUCAUGGUGAAGCCCAAGAAUCCUGAUGAUCCUGAUGAGAUGUUCGUAAAGCAGAGUGAGUUAUAGGAAGUUUCGCUGAAGCUUUUAAGCUAUUAAAACAUGUAUUUGUAGAUAACAUCACAACAGUGGCUGCUUUUGUGGAAUUUGGAAACAAUAACAAUAAUGAGAAGAAGAACGGCACUUAUCUGACGCCUAUUGAUAAACCUAUGCAUUUAGAAGUCCCGUCGGCUACCCAUGUUCCACCGAUUAUGUUAGAUAAUGUGAGUCGGGUAAGAUCAGGGAACAUCAGGGGUUUUAAGCUAGAUCACACCCCCAACCUCCCCCUUUUCCAGCUCUCCAUGGCUUCCUCCAACGCCGAACAACCGCUCGAUCUCUCCUGGCCUGAAUCCACCCACAAACGUCUACUCUACAUCUUCCUCGCACCAAUAACCUUCCCCCUGGCCUUCACGCUCCCCGAUGUUCGCAAGCAGAACCUCCGCAAAUUCUUCGCCAUCACAUUCGUCGGCUCGAUUCUCUGGAUUGCCGCCUACUCGUAUCUGAUGGUUUGGUGGGCGAACACGAUCGGGGAGACGUUCGGAAUACCCACCGAGAUAAUGGGAUUGACGAUUUUGGCGGCCGGUACGAGUAUUCCGGAUCUGAUAACUAGUGUAAUUGUGGCGAGGAAGGGUUUGGGUGAUAUGGCGGUGUCGUCGUCGAUUGGUAGCAAUCUGUUUGAUGUUUGUGUGGGAUUGCCGAUUCCUUGGCUUAUUCACUUCUCGUUGGGUGUGCUGAAGGGCAAUGUGGAAAAUAGUGAGUUUGAGGAUGAGCUCUCGGGGUUCUCCAUAAGUUUCUCAAGUAUCUAUGACGUGGCAACCUGAAUUCAGAUGGGACAGGGCUUCUAGAGGUUCUCUAUAAUCAUCAAAAGUACCUAUGACUAUUCAUAUACUAGUCGCUCUGGGGGACCCUUGAAUUAACCCCCCCGUCCUUCCAGUAAAUAUUUUCAAAAAGUUAACCCCCCUAUCCAGCUUUUUGUGGGUUUUGGCCCUUAAAGACAUACAAUUCUCCAAGAUUUUCAAAAGUUAAAGGCCCUACCUCCAAAAAUGCACCUAAAGUUAACCCCCCUCCCUUCGAAUUCGGGUUCAUGUAUGCCUAUGACGUGGCAAGAGUUACUCCAAAUUAGCCGAUGAAUUCUGUGGGUACACCGUGCUUCUAGCUAUGACGUGGCAGACUACAAUUUGCUCACUGAAACAUCCUUGCAAAAUUAAUGAAACUUAUUCGAUUAUCCUUGGCAUUUCAGAAAUUUGUGAAUUUAAAUUUUUUAAGGAAUUUUUAAACUACCAUUGAACGUUAUGAAUUUAAAGCUACUUUUAAAAUUACAUUAGUUCCCCUAAGUGACUUAAAGACAUAACCCCAAAGCUUCAAUAAUUUUUUCAGUUUUCUGUAGACAUGACACUUAUCAGAUUUUUAUGGCUGAAAAAUUUAAUAGCUUUGUAGCCUACAAAAUUUCCCCGGGCUCAAAAACCAACUCAAACUCCCCCAAAAAUUCAUUCUCGAAUGCACUUUACCAAACAUCACACAGUUCCAAACUCCAACACCUGUCAAUCAACUGACUCUCCCAAAUGUUGAUGAUUCUCAUCAUAGUUUUAUCUAGGUUGGUGUCUGCCUGCCUACAAACCACACUGACUUGGAGGGACUAUAAUGAUAUGGAGAUAAGGCAGAAAAAUUGUUUUCGGUGAUAACAGAACGAAGUUUUUGAGAAGAGUGUUUGUGUGUGGGCAGAAGAUAAAAAGAACCUUACCAAAAAAAACAGUUUUAAUCUGGAAGACUUAAAAUGUGAUAGGGAGAAAGUAGAGAAGCAGUAUUUUAGAGAGGGUAAGGGCCUUAAGGGUUUCCAGGGGUUUCCAAGGCUUUGCAAGGGUUCCCAAGGGUUCCCAAGGCUCCUCUAGGCAUCUCGAAGGCUUUCGUAGGGUUCCCGAGGCUUCCCGAGGCUCCCCAAGGCCUCCCAAACCUUUCCAAAACUCCCCAUCACCCCCAAUUUUCCAGUCUCGGUCACUUCCAACGGCCUGGUAUGCUCUCUGGGUCUACUCUUCGGUAUGCUGCUAGUCCUCCUGGCGUGCGUCGCGAUAUCACGCUGGAAAAUGGACAAAUUCUUCGGACUCCUAAUGAUCUUCUCGUACUGCGCAUUCUGUAUGCUUUGUAUAUUCCUAGAAACCGGCCAUCUCAAAUGUCCGUUGAGAAAUAGUUGCUAA